UCGAUUAAUAACAUCGUAACAACUAAGAAUUGCAUGUUUUAUUUCCGCAUAUAAGAAUGUAUUGGUAGAAAAGUAGGACCAAAAUCUUUGGUCGCCACGGAGUUAUACCAAUACUUCUCCUAUGUUUUCGUGGUGUAUGGUUAAGGUAAAAGUUUUCAUGUCGUAGGAGAGAAAUGUUGGUUCUGUUUGAAACGUUACCGAGCUAAUUAAGUAGUAUGAAUUUUAAUGCGUAUCCCUGCUUGUAAGUCAGAACGAAACAUCGACUGGCUCGAUAAAAUUUGCAAAGUAUCGCGUCAUUGUCGUCCCUAUCUAGGAGUGUAUUGCGUGGUCUGUGUUUGACAUCUGCGCAAUUCUCACGCUCCCACGGACGAAAAAUCAAAACAAUCAAUAUGGCGGACCCGAGCAACGAAGCUGCAUCGUCGAGUAGCGUUAUGGAGCAGGCUCCCUCGGCUACACCUAUUCGCGACGACCUCGAGAAGCUAGAGGACUUCCUCGAGCCCGACAAAAAGCGUCGAAAAGUGUCAAGAACCGAUGGGAAAACCGAGCAAAGGCUGGAACACCGCUUGGGCGGCAUCCUGUGCUGCGCAGUUUGCCUCGAUUUACCCAAGGCGGCUGUCUAUCAGUGUACAAAUGGACACUUGAUGUGUGCCGGUUGCUUCACUCAUGUCCUCGCAGAUGCCAGGCUGAGAGAUGAAAUGGCAACGUGUCCCAACUGCAGAAUCGAGAUCAGCAGAACGUCGCCGUCGCGUAAUUUGGCGGUCGAGAAGGCUGUGUCCGAGUUGCCGGCGGAAUGUCAAUAUUGCGCGAAAGAAUUCCCGCGAAACUCCUUGGAACGCCACGAGGAGACAAUGUGCGAGGAAAGAAUAUCCAGUUGCAAGUAUAGCAGAAUCGGCUGCCCCUGGCGUGGACCAAAUCACGAAUGCCCGGAGCACGAAGCACACUGCGUACAUCCUCAUCGUACGGGGCUGGAUGUCAUGGAGGCUUUGCGCGAUAUAGACGCGCGUACCCUCGAAGAACGUAGGCUCUAUGACAAUGUCUUUGACCUUUUGUCCUACGAGAAAAUCACAUUCAACGAUUUACAAAUGAAGCCGUAUCGUACGGACGAGUUUGUCCAUAAACUAUUUUACGAAACUUCUCGGUUCCCGGCGUUUAAUAAUCAGUGGGUAGUAAAAGCGAGGAUCAACAACAGUCAGCCUGAUCCCGCCCAAAGCUCGGAAAGGGACAUGACUUAUCAACUGAUAUUAAAAUCAAAAACAACGUACCCGUUACCUCUUCAUUAUUUGAUAUUAAAAGGAUCGUUCGGGGACAUGAAAGUACAACCGAGGAUUCACAGAUUUGAAUUCACCGACCAAGAAAACGAAAGUCCUUAUUUACCGUUACCUUUACCUGACACGGCGGAGUGCAAUCGACUUCUCGCUGCAAGAGCUAUUAAUUUCAGACUAAUAAUGUUCCUGGCAUCCAAGUAGUUUCGCACAGCAAAUUACUUUUUGUCAAGGUUUUAUGGCAAACGAAUUAUCGACACAUCUUUUUAGAUUUAACAGCGAUAAGAGUAUAGGUCACAGAGAUUUAUAAUCAAUUAUAGUAGCGAUAACCGUAACGAUAAUAAAAGAUAAAGAUGCUAAUUCUGCUGUAGUCGAUACACGUAUACACUCAAACUAUACACUGUGCCGAUACUACAUAGUGCGGCGCAAAGGUGAAACAAAUAACACGCGGAUUAUUUCAAAAAGAUGAAAAAGAAAAAAAAAGAAAAAAGUAACAUUUGAUUUGAUUGAAAUUUCUUUCGAACAUUUUGCUGACUCUUUGAGCUAAAACAAGCGAACGAUGCUUCACGUAUAACAGUGCUGUUAGACACGCGCGUUAAAUCGUACCCCCGUCGAUGCGUCCUAGUUUGCACAAAACAGAUUACAUUUUCGAAUAGCCGUGCCGCCAGAUCGGUUUACGAUUUCACGCGCGU